AUGGACACAGAAACGGAUAACCCAAAUAACAACUAUAUUAACAAUCUGAUGGAAUUAGAGCAGGGCAUACACAGUAGUGAUAUACAAACAGAAAGUAUGGUAUACAAUUACAGCGACGCACAAAUCACAAAACUGCUAGAUACAGACGACGACAUAUGCGAACUACAAAUGGACGCCCUGUCAUUAACAAGGAGAGGGUCGACAAAUAUAUAUUAUACUAACAAUAAACUGAACACAAACGAGAACGACUCAUUAACGAACAACAGCACACCACAGAAUUUGGACAACUCACAAACACACAAUGACAGCGACACUGGCCUACAAAACUUGACACAAAGAACGCCUCCUCGGAAUGACCGUAACCAACCCAACACAAAUAACCUAGACGAACCAAACAACAACUCUGACUACAAAACUGACACAGACACCGACAAUAAAGAAACACCAUCUUCGACAUACAGGCUGCUAUCAACUAUCCCGAGGCAUCUACACACUACUUUUCAAACCUUAAACAACCUUAAGGAAAAACAAAUUAAGACGAAAGCAACACUGGAGAACCUUACGACCCACAAAAGAGACGGAACGCUACCCAACAACCUAAACAAAACAACGGACUGCCACAUCAUACUGGACGAAGACCUCCGCAAACGCUGGGUGCAAGCAUCCAGAGAUGCCGCCUACAAACAACUCGAUAUAUUGCUUGAACAACAAAAACGGAAACUUACAAAUAUAGAAACAAAAAUAACACACGCUACAAAACGAAUAAUGGACAACAUAACCGACGUUACAAAAACAACAGAAAUACUAAAACGAACAGACGAAAUAGGCCAACGUUUCUUGGCAAGAUGGAUGUCAAAACACGGCAACCAACACUACAAACCAAACAAAAACAUUAAAAGACUUAAAGGCAAACGACAAGACAACAACAAUAAACAAACGGAUACUACCACUGCAAAAAACUCUUCACCAAUACAGACACAUACUGCACAGCACAUCACGGAAAACAUACAUACACCCAUACAAACAGACAUGGCAACAUAUAGCACUAACUUUAUGACCACAUUUAACAGACCGCACACUCGCCCAAGAGGCCCGCUGACAUCCACAACAGUACGAUCUAACUUCCUUUACAGACCCAACACACCAACACUUCCAAUACCAAUUAACCCAUUACUACAACCAACCCGAUAUCCACUGAUACCUACAACUACAACAACAGCUACUCGACCUACACACCCAUUAUUAUCCAACCACAUCCAACAACAAAUCACAAAUUUUAUCCAACCGAUACACAUCCUAAGCUACCUUCAGGACAAACAAAGGACCAACAACAACCGAAAAUAACAAUAACCAAACCAAAACUACUAGCACAACUACAGAACAAACGAAACCAAAACGGAAACAGACACAAAACAAAAAAACAACUACUCAAUAAAAUCCAAAAACAAAAGGCAGGGGAUAAUAUAAUUAACUUAUCAAAUAUACAUGUCUCGGAUGCUACUAAAAGCAUACUAAACAAGGGACUUAAAUUUGUUCGCAAACCUAAACCCAUUGGUUACCGAUCUGUCUAUACAUCAUACCUACAAUACCGAAGAAACAUGUACCUUCAAUACCAUUACAGACAUUCGAAUAACAACUAUAUAAAACAUCCAUUCAAAGCGAAAAGUGACUUCACACCACCACUACCGGACAAUGCUAACCUUUUGGAAUACAUGUCUCGUGUUUUACUCGAACUGAAAACCUCUCACGAGCUAAACAAAGACAGUUACACCACUAGGCUAAAUAACAACGUUUCUAAUGCAGAAACACAGGCUGU